CGCCCGGGCCCUGCCGGCAGGCACGAGGGGCGGGGCGCGCGGCCCGAGGUGAGGGACCGCGGGCCGGAGGGGAUCCAGCGAGUCAGCUGCCGCCGAGGGACCAGCGCGGGUCUAGCCGCUGCCGCCAACCCCACCAUCCCUGACCGCGCCUGCCCGGGCUCCGCGCCAGGAGGAGCGGCCAGGCCCAGCCCCAGCACCGCGAGCUCGGGGACCCCGACGGCGCCCAGCCCGGCGAGGGGCCUCAGGGGGAGGACGAGGAGGAAAGGCGGCCUCGCCGGGGACCCGGCCAUGGCGCUGGACUUCUUGGCUGGAUGCGCGGGGGGUGUGGCAGGCGUGCUUGUGGGACACCCGUUUGACACGGUCAAGGGCAAGCUGUGAGUGGCAGGCACCAGACCAGCCUUGUGCUUGCUGGCAGCGCUACACGUGGCCCCUCUUCCCACUGAGCGAAGGCACAGCUGACGGCAAGGCAGGAUGCGCACCCUGAGCUGGGUUUGCGGGAGACUUCCGGUCUCCUUUUCUGGUGAGCCCAGGCCCUUGGGACUGAAAGAAUCCAAGAUCUGGAUCUCCUCUAUAGCACCCAGAACCACAGCCACCGUCCUGAAGCACACGGCCUUCACACGUGUUUCUGCAUGAAGGGAGUUUUCUGUCCUGCUUCCUUGGACACAGCAAUAAUCAGGGAGCAGUCGUCUUGACCUAUGAUGAGGGGGGGCUGUCUCCAUCCAUAGCAAAAGUGUAACUUUGUUGUAGAUGGGCGUAAGCCUCACCCUGGAGAGCGCUACCGGCUGGACUUGGGCAUUCACCAGUGUGUGUGACCUGCAAAGACUUCACAACACUACCCAGGUGGCACUGAGUAUCCAACCUGGGAAGGGACAGCUCCAUGUCACAUCAGUUCUACUCACACAGCCCUCUUAGUGCCAGUGGUGGGGCUGCAGGAGGAACAGAGAUCCCCCCAGAGGCCCCAGAACAUUGAAGGGAGAGCAGCAAACCUCGCAUCAAGGUACGGCUUCAGGUCCAGAGCGUGGAGAACCCUCAGUACCGCGGGACGUUGCACUGCUUCAAGUCCAUCAUCAAGCAAGAGAGCGUGCUGGGCCUGUACAAGGGCCUGGGCUCGCCGCUCAUGGGGCUCACCUUCAUCAACGCGCUGGUGUUCGGGGUGCAGGGCAACACCCUCCGGGCCCUGGGCCACGACUCGCCCCUCAACCAGUUCCUGGCAGGUGCGGCGGCGGGCGCCAUCCAGUGCGUCAUCUGCUGCCCCAUGGAGCUGGCCAAGACGCGGCUGCAGCUGCAGGACGCGGGCCCAGCGCGCACCUACAAGGGCUCGCUGGACUGCCUCGCGCAGAUCUACGGGCACGAGGGUCUGCGUGGCAUCAACCGGGGCAUGGUGUCCACGCUGCUGCGUGAGACGCCCAGCUUCGGCGUCUACUUCCUCACCUAUGACGCUCUCACGCGGGCGCUGGGCUGCGAGCCGGGCGACCGCCUGCUGGUGCCCAAGCUGCUGUUGGCGGGCGGUACGUCGGGCAUCGUGUCCUGGCUCUCCACCUACCCUGUGGACGUGGUCAAGUCGCGGCUGCAGGCGGACGGACUGCGGGGCGCCCCGCGCUACCGCGGCAUCCUGGACUGCGUGCACCAGAGCUACCGCGCCGAGGGCUGGCGCGUCUUCACACGGGGGCUGGCGUCCACACUGCUGCGCGCCUUCCCCGUCAACGCUGCCACCUUCGCCACCGUCACGGUGGUGCUCACCUACGCGCGCGGCGAGGAGGCCGGGCCCGAGGGCGAGGCUGUGCCCGCCGCCCCUGCGGGGCCUGCCCUGGCGCAGCCCUCCAGCCUGUGACGCUCACCCCGCCCUCCUUCCCCAGGGCUCCUUCUCAGAAACCAGGGACAUAAAUUGGCCCCUGAGUCGAUUGCCCUGCUUCCUGCUCGGAUGCUGCGGGCUGUGGAGUCUAUCAGACGUGGGCUGAAUUUUGCUGAUCAGCUGGGUAGUUUUGGCCGAGAACUGCACUUGCCUCAGUGUUCUCAUGUAUGAAAUAAGGACCCUCACGCCCACACUGUAGAGUCAGGAAGCUCAGAGAUUAUUCCCAGCAGCAGCCAGCACCUGGCCUGGCUGAGGCCAUUGCACCGUUAUCCUGGAAACUGAGGCAGACACUCUAGCCCCUUUCUGGGAUCCUGGCCACGUCAUUGUGCUCUUGCCCUGCAGGCUGGCUCCCGGGGGUCUCUGAUGGCCAACCAAGGGGCCACCCAAGGACCUGCUAACUCCACACAUCCUCCACCCGAGGUGGGGGGGGGGUGGGGGUGGUGGUGGGCCACCCCUCUGGUCUGUGUUAGGGACAGAGGAAAACUUGGUGUGCCUCCUGGUGUCACAGAACUGGAUCCUCUGCAUACCCCAGCUUCUCCACAUGCCACUGCUAGGGGUACCCCAGCUGCUGCCACUCCUGCUGGAGGGUGAACUGGGGACCCUGUACCCUCCGGGAAGCCAUGGAGUCUGCUGGAGGCACCAUAUCAGCCUGCGGGACUAGGGUGGGGAGCAAACAGGCCAGCGGUGGAGGUCUGGACAGUUCAAGUGUGAUGCAGCUGUGGCAAGGAGAAAUCCUUCCGACUCUGGGCCUCAGGCUGCUGUCCAUAAAAUGGGGACAUGGCCAGCUGACGGACAACUGAGUCUCCGGCCCACCUACCACCGCCAGCCAGGAUCCCCCAAAGCGUGCAGAGGGCUCAGCAGAGAACAGUAUGGGACCCCCUCACCAGGCCUGGAACACCUCUAGCCACAAAGAAGCCAAAGGUCAGUCCCUCUGCUCCCCAGCAAACGGUGCCUCCCAGGCAUUCUCAGUGCCAGGGCUUCAUCCCUGUGAAGGCACAGGGCCCGCUAGUGGGCACAGGGGUGGCUAGUUGGGGCCUGGGGCAGAAGAGGGCUGCACCAGGCGUCCUGGGGAAUGUGCUCAGUGAAGACGACACUGGGCUUUGCACAGCCUGGUGUCGCUGUACAGAAACUGUCAAGGGAAUAAAGUGUUCUUUGUUUUUUAA